GGAAGUCCUCCGUGAUGCCUCCAGGCUCCACAGGCCGCCUGGGCCUGGGGUAAGGCCGCUCCACGCAGUUGGCUCACACCUGGCGCUCCAGAAACGCUUGCUGGCCGACUCUGAGAGAGAGGGCAAGGCGACCACCCUUUGUGGGUGCUCUUGCCUCAGGACCCCCUUCUCUGAGGCUCCAAGACAGGAAGCAACGUGCCCAGGGUCACUCGGCCAGCCUGGGGGUGACUCUGUGCUGAAGGAGGGGUGGGGUCACCCUCGGCCAAUGCCCAGUCCUGCCCCAAGCCGGGGGACGCCCCAGCGGCCAUCUUGUGCCUGGCCUCCUCCCUCUCGCUCCGCUGGCCCCGCUGAUUGGCCCACCCUGCGGCCUCUGGCCACCUGUCGCUGUCUGUCUUGGGGCCACCCUCCCCACGCUCCAUCCCGUCCACCAGGCCCGGCGCCACGGCUGUGGGCCCCGCUCUGGACCCGCUGCUGCCCAGACGUCGCCAUGACAACCAGGGCCGUGGAGGAGCUGGACGGUGGCCUUGGCAGCUGCCAGCCGAGCGAGGACCUCCCCACGUUGGCUGAGCUCUGCCCAGGCCAGCCCCCCGAGGACCGGGCUCGAGCGACGCCCAGGCUGGCUGACUCUGGCGGCUGGCCCCACGACUCCCGGGAGCCAGCAGCAGAUGGCAGCCCCGAAGGCAAAGUGGAUGCCAGGCCCAAGAAGACAGAAAAGGAGCCUGUGGCCAAAGUGGCCCCAGGACCCCCGAAGGAGAAGCUGAAAGCAGCCCCCCGGAGCCCCGCGCGCAAGAAGGCGCAGAGCGCGCCGCCCCCGCAGCCGCCGCCGCCGCCGCCGGCCCUGAGCGAGGAGCUGCCCUGGGGGGACCUGUCGCUCAACAAGUGCCUGGUGCUCGCGUCCCUCGUGGCGCUGCUGGGCUCGGCUCUCCAGCUGUGCCGCGACGCCGUGGCUGGGGAGGCGGUCUCCCCUGCGCCUGUCCCUGAGCCGUGGGUCCCGCCGGGCUCGGCCCCCAAGGAGCCAGCGUCGCCCUUGCCGAAGCCCGUGGCCUGGGCGCCCCCAUCGGGGCCGCCUGCGCCCCAGGUGGAGGCAGAGAGGCCCGGGGUUCCCGUGAACAGGGAGGCUGCCAAGAAGGACGAAGGUGAGCCUGCGGAGGAGCGCGCAGCCGUCGCCGACCGAGGGUCCAAGGAGAGGCCACGGAAGCAGAGGGCGCGGAAGGAGAGGGCGCGGAAGGAGGAGAGGGCGCGGAAGGAGAGGCCGCAGAAAGAGGAGAGGCCACGCGCCGCCAGGGAGCCCCGGGGAGCCCUACCCCGGCGCUGGGAGGCACGUGACGCCGGCCGUCGGCCGUGGGCGCGGGACUCCGGACACCCCGAGCACGGGAAGAGGCCGGCCUGGGCCUCCCCACGGCGCCCCAACGAGGAGGACCGGCCUCCGGGCCGCCAGAAGGCCCGCGCGGGCAAGGGGCGGGACUGAGCCGGAUCCCGGGACCCCUUCUCGGAGGCCCCGUGGUUCCAGUAAAAUAAAGCGAGCGAGCGGCUCCGCGUCGCCUGCUCCUUUGCGCCUCUA